CAGCCACAAGCUGCCAGGCUUCAGCUGUUAGAACAACACAGUACAGAGCUUCACAGCACUGUUUAUAUUCAACACUUCGUUACUUGUCAGGAAAAUUGUUGGAAUCGACUUCCGGCGAGGUGGUCAGCUCCAACCAGGAGGGGGGGUGACUGGAUCAUCUGAGGCGCGGCUCUGUUCCUCGUCCCGAGGAACCAAUUUCAAGGGUGGCCAGGAAGCUGGAGCCACAUCCGCCACAACCUCCAUGUUUAAUUUGGUUAAACUGGAAGGCUCGAAACACUGCGCCACGUCUUUUCCCAGUGUCGCCUGAUUUAAGAAGAUCAUCAUCAUCAAUUGGUGUUUCCUGGUGCUAGGCCAGGAACAUGAUCAAUGCCUUGCGAUCUGGCCAUUCCAUACACGAUCAUCAGGUGCACAGGAAGGUGGCGCGGCAUCAAUCGAAUGGCGAAGAGGAUGAAGAGCGAUAUGUUGCGCCUGCAGGACCCUCCACGACAAGCAGCAUCAGACGAUGAAGCGCAAAUGAGAGCAGUCUCAGUCCACCAACAGACUGCGAUCCGGAUUUUAGUCUACCACACAAUUUAGUUGACUAGCCGAUCUCCAGCAGAAGGUCUGCCUCAACAACCGGAACAACCGCCUCCGCUGCCUUACUAAAAUCAGCAAGAAGACACACUCAAAGCCCUAGUCCAGCAGAAGCCCUCCAGAAGGAGUAGCGGAUGCAGUCCGACCACGAGAAGGAAGCGGAGAGCAGCGACAAGAACGGUUCAAUAGAAGUACUGUCCCGCAAAGCGGCCCAGAAAUAUGUUCGCCGGCAAAGGAGGUGCAAAUGCCGCAGGGACUGCCUCUCCACUGGCAAUGCCGGCGGCGAAAGUGGCUCUUGCCGCGGGAAUCUGAUUAACGACCAACUUUACAUCUAUCUUGACCGAUCUCGAAAGGAACUUCAUCCUGUUGAACCCAAUCGACGUGGCCGCAGGCCACUCUUCAUGUUUCGUUGGCCACUAGCUAAAAGUGGCUUGUUUUUCAUUGGAAGAAGUAUCAGCAUGGACUGAUGGUAGGAGUUUGCUCCGCAUCCAAAGCGUUGACCACGUUCCCGGCCUAGGGACAGAAGACACUUGUUGAUGCUGAUGGUCUUCAUGGAUCAGUCCUCGCUGCAAGAAGUACUGGCGCAGCGUUCCGAUCCGGCCAGAUUGAACAUAUUGAACAUGGGGGGCAUCGCGUUUAUGGCUCCGACUCCUUCUACACCCAACUAAACUACUAUGUUUCACUCGGCAGAUACCUAAAAGGCAUAAAAGUGUGUGAAAGGAUU